AUGAAACUUUCGAAUGUCUUUUUCAAUACUAUGGUCGUUUAUGCGAGUCCAUGGCGACCAGUAAAUGACAAUGUCAUGGGUGGCGUGUCGGAGGGAGAAGUACUUUCUCAGAGUCAAUGGCAGUCUGUAAAUGAUAAUGUUAUGGGAGGCGUUUCCGAGGGACAAGUCAUCGCAUCCUCUGAAUGGCAAAGUGUCAACGACAAUGUGAUGGGUGGUGUUUCCGAAGGAGAAGUCUGGAGGUCCGUGAACGACAAUGUUAUGGGAGGAGUAUCAGACGGCUACGUUAUUCCAUCUGGAGAAGUUGUUCACUUCUGGGGCGAGCUCAAGGCUGAAAAUAACGGAGGAUUUGCAUCUGUACGCAAAGAGAUCGAGUACGGCUCGCUUGAUGGCAAAACUGGCAUCAGAUUCGAAGCGAAGGCGACAAACCGUGACUUCAGAAUGAAUUUGACCCCAAGAACUGACAACGAAUGGGGAAUCGCUAAUUUUGAAAUCGAGUUUAGUGCGUCGACUUCCUGGCAGACGUACGAAAUGAACUUUGCGGACUUCAGAUACAACAUUAUGGGACUUACUCCUCCUAAUGCACCAUCUCUCGCAGAGAAACUCUAUGAUGUUCACGAACUUGGCUUCAUCAUCUCUGACAAAGUUUUCAACGUUCCAUUCCUGCUUUCUGUAAAAAAUAUUCAAGCUUAUUAA